GGCGAAGGCGUGAGGCUUAUCCCGGGACAGUCCGACCUCUCCUGCGCCACGGCUCCGCCUCUCCCCGAGCUCCACCGCGCGCCUCCGAGCACAGCCUGCCUCCGCCCGAAGCCCCCUGAGCUCCUACUGCUGCCUGUUGGCUCAGCUCCCUUCUGCCCUGUCCCCCUGAACCGGACGAUCAACUGGACUUCACGAAUGCCUCCCUCUUUCCCCCUGACCUCGUGGACUUUCGCCACUAAACUCAAAAAGGACGACGCGCAACAAGACCGGAUAAGUUUUUUUUCUACUUGUACGUAGUUUUUUGUCGCUUUUGCCCCGUGGUGGAUACACACAGACGAGGCAGGCCGGUGGAGGACGACAAGACGUAUGAUGUGGAUUUGGUAUCUUCUGCUUGGUUCGAGCUCGAGAAGCGUGGAGGCCCAGCUGCUCCCGGGGAACAACUUCACCACGGAGUGCAACAUUCCCGGGAACUUCAUGUGCGGCGAUGGCAAGUGUGUCCCGGGUGGCUGGCAAUGUGACGGACUUCCCGACUGCUUCGACAAGAGCGACGAGAAAGGCUGUCCCAAGGUCAAGCCCAAAUGCGCCCCCACUUUCUUCGCCUGCUCCACGGGCGGGCACUGCAUCAUCGGGCGUUUCCACUGUAACGGCUUUAGUGACUGUCCGGACGGCAGCGACGAGGAGAACUGCACAGGGAACCCUCUGGUGUGCACUGAAGCCCGUUUCAAAUGCCGGAACGGGCGCUGUGUGGACCGCAGCUUCCUGUGUAACGGUCAGGACAACUGUCAGGACAACAGCGACGAGGAGCUCUGCCUCACCACUGCAGAGGCUCCAGGACAGGACUUUGUGACUCUGGACUACCGCCUGCGCUACUACCCCAGCAUCACGUACGCAGUCAUCGGCAGCGCGGUCAUCUUCGUCCUGGUUGUGGCUCUACUCGCUCUGGUUCUUCAUCACCAGAGGAAAAGGAGUGUGUUGCUUCCCAGAGGAGUAAGAGGCAGCUCCCAUCACCACCAGCCUUUGCUCCUGUCCCGUCUGGUGAUCUUGGACCGCAUGUCGCCCAGCAGCAGUACCACCGUGGGCCAGUACAGUUCCACUCCCCAGGCCCUGCAGCUCCUGUCAGGGACGCUUUAUCCAUCAGGAAUCUCACUGGAAUCUCCUCCGUCGUACUCACAGGCUGUUCUCGACGCCAGCCGACCCCCAUGGUUCGACCUACCCCCUCCUCCGUACAACCCAGACGGAGAGGUCCCAUCGGAGAGUGAGCUUCCCCGAUACGAGGCCCCGCAAGACCCCAACUCAUCCCCGCAGUCUGUCCCAUGCCCAUCCAGGACAGUCCGCAUGCCCACAGACACAAGAACUGACUCCAGACCCUCUCAAGACGCCCAGCAGCCAUAGACAGUGUAAAUAAAUCCACAAAAACAUGCUGGACUGAGGACCAUAGACUGGGCAUAGUGGAACAACUAGAAAAUGACUGAAAAGAAUGAGUGAAUUUAUGGUAUGGAUGUGAGAAGCACUGGACAAGCUCAAUAUGCAAGACUGAAGUGGUGUGAUGGUGCCCUCUUCUGGAGACAAGGCAGAAUUACAAGACACCUACACUUUCCUAUACAUUUCGUUAUUGUUCCUUAAACAUUGGAGUAGCGUAGUAGUAUGCAAAGUGUGUGGAGAAAUGCUGAUAUUUAAGGAAAGUCUAGUAAAAAAAAAAAAAGACUGAAGAAGAAGUAGAGACAGAAUCUACAUAUAUUUCCAUAACUAUGUCACUUUUUCUCCAUCAUGGUUCAGAUAUAGCAAUAGUUUUAGAAUGGAUGUGACUAUACAAGAAUGACAUCUUGAUAUAAAUCUGUCAGUGUAAAUUCAGUGUUGAAUUAUAAGAGAGUGCUGUAAAACAUUGUAGAACAAACUAUACUAUUAUAACAUAAUUAGAAUAAGCUCAUAAUUUUGUAUUGAUGCGUCUUUCUUUUCUGUGCGUGAUUUCUGUGGCGUUACUUAUUCAAACUUGUAUAUUGUUAUCUUUAGCCCUCUUUGACUGGCAUAGACCAAGUAUUUGCCGUUUUGUAACACUUUGAGGUACAAGAGCAGCUUAUGUUGAAACACAUAUCAAUUUAUAACACCAGGUACAGUACUGAACUAAAUCCUUUUAAAUGCUACGUCGACAUUAGGGGAUAUGUUUUGUUAAAAAUACUUCAAAUGCUCAAAUUUGGUUUGCAGAUGUUGUAUUCAAACCAAUUUAAAUGUGCCUUUACUUUAUACCAACAGCCUUUUAGAAGAGUUAAGUGAACAUACUGUUGUUGUAGGAUUAUAUCUACACACACAUGCUACUUUACUGCCCUCUAGUGGUUGCAGGUAGUAUCUUAUUUUUCACAUACAGAUACAUUUGUGCAUAUUAUCUAUUACCAUUCCUGUAGUCUGUAUUGUUUUGGCCACACACAUAUUACAUUUGUAGAAGACAUUUGAUAUGUUUAUGUGUGUACUGGUUUAACCUCAAGUGCCUUCAAUCUGACGGAUACUUUUUUCAGGAAAUUUGCUAUGUUCUACUUUUGUCUUUUACAACCACUGACUCGUAGUGUUUAUUUCCCUGUGCCGCCUUGAGAGUAUAGUAGACUGACUGAUGCCUAUAUCUGAAGGAACUGUUUUUGAGACUGUUUUUGUUCAACACUGUAAAUAGAAGCUAGCGUGCGGGUAAAAAAAGAGAUGUAUUUAAUAGAAUGAAUGUGUAUCAGUGUAAAUAUGAUUUUUAUAGUAGUGAGCUGUUUCUGCUAAACAAUCACACCAAAGAUAAUCAUGUCCGAUCGUUUCACUGUGUCAGUUUUCAUAUCAUCUCUUUGGCUGGAGAACUGGAAAAGAGCAAAAAAAAACAAACAGCAAAAAACAGCAAAAACAGCACGAGGACCUGUUUUGCUCUGUCAAAACAUGCAAUAAUUUUCUCCAAAGUAUCAAUGUUCAAAGUGUCUGUAUUGUACAUUUAAAGUAAUAUAAAAGUAUUCAUCUAUUA